GCGCUAAUUUGUUUUGGCAACCGUCAAUAAACCACAGGAGAAGAAGAAAAAGACGACGAAGAAGAAGAAGCAGGAAAAAAAAGACGUUUGUUGUCAAAUGAAAAUAUUAUAGCACUGAGGUGAAAACCCUUGUUUUUAAUCAUUGGAAAAUGGCAGUGGCCAUGAGCUCAACGUGUCCAGGCCUGUACUGUGGCAGAAUGAUGGUCAACGGAUCAAUGGACGGAGACUGUGGGGUUUGUCCUCGUGGAGAGCGGGCCAACCUCCAGAAGGUGUGUGAGCGCUGUACUGAGUCCCCUGAGCUCUACGACUGGCUCUAUCUGGGAUUCAUGGCCAUGUUACCGCUAGUGCUACACUGGUUCUUCAUUGAGUGGUACUCUGGAAAGAAGAGCUCCAGUGCUCUGCUGCAGCACAUCACAGCCAUGUUGGAGUGCAGUGUUUCAGCUGUGGUCACGCUGCUGGUCACGGAGCCCGUGGGGAUGUUCAGUAUCCGCUCCUGUCGAGUCCAGAUGCUGUCGGACUGGUACACCAUGCUGUACAACCCCAGCCCGGACUACGUCAACACAUUACACUGCACCCAGGAGGCUGUCUACCCACUCUACACCAUUGUGUUAAUCUACUAUGCGUUCUGCUUGGUACUCAUGAUGCUACUGCGCCCUCUGUUGGUGAAGAAAAUAGCUUGUGGUCUGGGCAAAUCUGACCGCUUCAAGAGCAUCUAUGCUGCUCUGUACUUCUUCCCCAUCCUCACUGUGCUGCAGGCUGUGGGAGGAGGACUGCUGUAUUAUGCAUAUACCUACAUCAUACUGGUCCUGUCUCUGGUCACGCUGGCUGUUUACAUGUCUGCCUCUGAGAUCCAGUCCUUUAAAAACCUGGUUGCUAAGAAGAAGCGUCUGGUUGUCCUGUUCAGCCACUGGCUGCUCCAUGCGUACGGCAUCAUCUCAAUUUCCCGACUGGACAAGUUUGAGCAGGACCUACCGCUGUUGGCGCUUGUGCCUGGUCCUGCACUGUUCUACAUCGCCACAGCCAAGUUCACCGAGCCCAGCCGCAUCCUGUCUGAGGGUGCCAACGGACACUGAGCUGGUCUCAUUAGGAGCAAAGCAAAAAUUAAAUUUCACUCAUUCAAUCAGUCAAACUUUCAGCUUGUAGUGCUGAGUCAUCAGCUGUGUGUUACUGAGUAACACACAGCUGAUGGGUUUGUUUCUGGACUUGAGUGUGAUCAAACCUGCUCAGCCAGCGAUAGUGCCAUGCAGUUUUCAGUAUGGCUGGGUUAGUCAUUCAACACUGGGAAACAACUUCAUGAUCAAGAUCAAAUGUAAAUGCUGUACAAGUGCAUUAGCAGCUAAGUUGGACAACAAGUAAUGACCAGUCCAGGUGUUUCAUUAUGGAUGUAUUUCCACCUGUGGUGUCUGAAGAGGACAGAUGAUUUGUCCGAGUCAUCAUCAUCAGGUGUUUACAUGGCUGAAUGGCGUCUUAUUGGUUUAAGAAACAUCUGUUCCCAUUCGAGUAUAACAGCAUGACAACAUUCCUGAUUCUUUGCACAAUCCAAGUAGAGAACUGCUAAUUCAGUGCUCCUACCUGUUAGCAGGGCUGCAGCCAGUGAUUCUACUUAUUCUGUGUAGAUCAACAUGUUUGUAAAAAAAUUUUCUCGUAGUCCAGAAAAUAAUGACCGGUGUCAAGUCCAAAGUGACGUCUCUAAAUGUCUCAUUUAGUUUUACAAACUGUCCAAAAAUCCACAAACAGGUGGGAGUGAUGUCAGCAGUAAACUGGACAAGCUGCAACCAGACAGUGUUUGGUAUUUUAAUUUGAAACUGGUAAAUGAGCUGAACGAGGAAUUAGUUACCGAUGCAUUUUCUAAUAUUACAUCACCUUCAUCUAGCUGUCUAGUAUGUUACCGUUACGUUACAUUACAGAACCGACAUCCACUUUUCUAAAAGCAAAAUCCUCGGCAGUCUGUGAAAAAUCCAGUGCCGGUGUCCUACUAGAAUUUUCUAAGCAUGUGGAUGAAAAAUUGUUCAGUGGAGGUUAAAAGAGACUGUUAUGCUGUGAAUUUGUUUCUUAUUCUAAAUCAAGGUGGGAGCUGGAAGUGACACAUGACCAAGCUUUGUCAUGUAUGUUUGUGUUAUAAAUAAAACAUUUAUGCUACAGGGGACGGUAUAUUUCUUCAUAUUUUUAGAAGGGUCAUACUAGGAUUGUGAAAAUUCCUAAUAACAGGCAGAAACUUUAUUUACAUUUUCCCCUCACCUAACUAGUGUCACUGCUGUAUAUUUUGGUGAAUUUAACCAAACCUUAACCUAAAGAUAAAUGACUCUACUGAAAUAGAACAUCUGUUUCACUGUUUAUGUGCUGUAAUCAGUGACAUGGCCUUAAAUGGUUUGCUGAGUUGAAUCUGCUUAAGGUACCAUAAUGUGUAUUACUGUAAAUAUUUUAAUGCUUGCAAAUAUUUUUUUGUGUUGUCGGAUUUAGUUGUUAGUUGUGGGAUUUGCUGCUGUACAUGCACACAAGUUCAAAUUGUAAAGUAGUGUUCACAAGUAGCACUAUGUUCAGUGUACCAAACUAUGAUUUCAUGUAACUGUUGUUGCUUCAUGUGCUCUCUGAACCCUGUCAGCAUGAGCUCAUACCUCAAGUAUUUAUAAGCCACCUGUUGUGGAAAUCAGUAAAGAGACUUCCAAGUUGU